GAUCCCGUGUGUAGCUGCCCUGCUGAACAAGUUGCCGCCAUGGAAGCGUCGGACCGCUCCGCGUUGGUGUCGGAGGACGGCAAGAACAGCAAAAGCGUGCAGUGCGGCCGCUGCGGUUCCACUGUCCUUAGUGCGGGGGCCGCGCAGUUUGCGGAGAGACAGUUGUUUCUCCCAUCAAUGCAGAAAAAAACAUCACUGGGUGGUGCUGGACAUAAAGGAGAUGGUGAUGGAGACCUGCUGACAGACCACUGGCUCGUAGAGGACAUGUACACCUUUGAAAAUGUUGGCUUCACGAAAGAUGUAGGCAACAUCAAAUACCUGAUCUGUGCGGACUGUGAGAUUGGACCCAUUGGCUGGCACUGCCUGGAAGACAAGAAGAGCUUUUACGUGGCACUUGACCGGGUCAAACAUGUGUGAAGGCAUCUGAUGCAUGCAUGGAGAACUGGCUCUUCAUUAUGUGUUUUAAACCCCAGUAACUCAACAUUAAAUUGAAUCUGCCUUUCCCAGUGGUAGGUUUGUGUUUUAAUAACCACUUAGAAAGUUUUUAUGUAGAGUCGCCUCGUAAAACUCUUAAAAAUCAGCCCUGCUAUUAUUUGACACUCAUUAAGUGUCUUCAGGCUGUUAAUGUGUAGCAGGGUGCAGUCCAUUCCUAAAUACACUUUUUUAUUCAACU